AAUAAUUACCUCUAAAUGGCAAACGAAAGGAAAAUUUCAUCAUCAGGGCGGUGUGUCCGUCUGCACAGGCUAUAAAAGCCAGCUGACCUGCUCCUCUCUCCAUACUCCCGUCUUUUCUCCUAGCUGCCUUGCUGCUCAGCGACCAGGACACCAAGAUGAGUGCAAAAAUGUCUCCCAACGAACUGAAGAGCAUUUUUGAAAAAUACGCAGCUAAAGAAGGCGAUCCAAAUCAGCUGUCGAUGGAGGAGCUGAGACAACUGAUCCAGACUGAAUUCCCCAGUUUGCUAAAAGGUCCAAACUCCCUGGAGGAUCUUUUUAAAGAACUGGACAAGAAUGGAGAUGGAGAAGUUAGCUUCGAAGAGUUCCAGGGGUUAGUGAACAAGUUAUCCCAGUGAA